UAUAUUCAUACAACUCAUUGUAGUGUGGUCAUAGGAAAUAGAAUUUUAAGCUUUCAAAUUGUAAUAGUUCGUAGUUUGUAGUAACUGUGAUGAUUCGAUUGGUGAUUGCUGUUUUAAUGCUAGGAAGUGGACAAGGACACGCUAAAGAAUGUAGAACUAAUAAUAUAGACUAUAUCAAUAACUCAAACCUUGUCAAACUGACUGGCUGUACAAAAAUCAUCGGGAACCUCAACAUUGUAGAAGCUACAUUUGAGGGAGAUCCCUAUUUGAAUAUUCCUGCAUUACAUCCUUACCAGUUAAACGUCUUUAAAUCAGUAAAGCAAAUCACUGGUGUUGUAAUAGUGCAGGGAAAACAUAAAGACUUCAAAGACUUGUCUUUUCUUGGAAAUCUUACCACUAUCUAUGGAAGAGGGGCUAAAAGGUACCAAGGGGCUGCUCUGUCUGUUGCUUACUCAUCAAUAGAGGCGUUGGAUCUGACUUCAUUGAAGAGGAUCAGAAACGGAAAUGUCGUAAUAGCCUUCAAUGAUAAACUUUGCUAUGUUGAUACUGUUAAAUUUACGAAUCUAUUCCGAAGAAAGGAACAACAGGCUAAAGUGGCGAAGAACAGAUCAAACCUUGAAUGUGAAUUAACGGGAAAACACUGCUCCUCAGUCUGUGGUACAAACGGAUGUUGGGGACCACGAAGAGAAAACUGUGUAGGGGAUAUCACUGAGAACAAUUUAAUCGAGGACUCUUUUAACAUUGACGAUAUUUUGUGAAAACAUUACUCGUUUCUUUUUUACUAAGGGUGCAAUGUUAAAAUUCAUGAUUUUUGAAAUUUUACUUAUUUUCUUUUUAAUUAUUGAAUAGCGAUUAAAAGAUGAUAUACGAUUGUACAUACAAGUGUCACAAACAAAUGAUAAUGCAUUUCAUGUUGUGCAACAUUGUAUCGUUUAGAAAACGAAUGUGUAAGUAAUGUAAUGUCUAUCUUUUGGACAGAUUUUGUGAUAAUAUUGGCAUAUAUGCUAUGAUUACAAUCUUGUUUGUUAAAUCUGAUUCCAUUAAUGAGCGUCAAGGCUUCAAGAAAGUUUAUACGUGUUUAAACAAGCUUCAUCGAUGACGAGUUUAAAUUCCUCACAAAGGUGACAUACAUUUACUAUUUUUUUUUAUUGGAAUAACAAUUUUAUCUUGACACUUUUUUUUUUUGAAAUAAACAUAUAACAUAAUA